GUGGAGCGCUGUUGUUGUGCACCUUUUAAAAUCGUCCUCCUCUGAAGAAGAGUUUUCGGCCCACUCACUCGCCCAAGGUACAGUUAAAACUGUUUUAAAAUGCCUUCCUGCAAGAAUUUCAGGAGGAGAACUGAUUCUUCGGAUGUGGAAGAAGACGAAACAACGCAAGAAGUCAGAUCUAAAGUAGAAGAGGCCAAAGAGCUACAGAGUCUACGACGACGGCAGAACGGAGUCAGCGUGACUGCCUUGUUGGUUGGAGAAAAAUUACCACCUGAGGCUGAGAUUGACAAUGACCCUUUUAAACUGAAAACUGGAGGUGUUGUUGACAUGAAGAAAGUAAAAGAUCGCAACCGAGACAUGACAGAGGACGACACAGACCUCAAUCUGGGCACCUCCUUUUCAGCCGAAACCAACAGAAGAGAUGAAGAUGCAGACAUGAUGAAAUAUAUUGAGACAGAGCUAAGAAGAAAGAAGGGCCUCGUGGAAGCAGAGGAACAAAAAGUCAAGGUGAAAAAUGCAGAAGACCAUCUGUACGAGCUGCCUGAGAACAUCCGAGUCAACUCUGCCAAAAAGACAGAGGAGAUGUUAUCCAAUCAGAUGCUGAGUGGGAUCCCUGAGGUCGACCUUGGGAUAGAUGCAAAGAUAAAGAACAUCAUCCAGACAGAGGAGGCCAAAGCCAAGCUAAUAGCAGAACAAAGGAACAAGAAAAAAGACAACGGAACGUCAUUUGUUCCCACCAACAUCGCCGUCAACUAUGUCCAACACAACCGCUUUUACCAUGAGGACGCUAAUGCAUCUCAGAGGCACCACAGACACAGAGAGGAACCAAAAGCAAGGCCCCUGCGUGUAGGAGACACUGAGAAACCUGGUCCAGAGACAACGUCGCCACAAAACUUUCGCAAACGGCCAAAUAACGAAAAGGCCACUGAUGACUACCAUUAUGAGAAGUUCAAGAAGAUGAAUCGCCGAUACUAAGAUGUUUUAUUGCAAUAAACUGCUGAGCCCACCAUUGUCACCAAGCAAUGAGAAAUGCCCACAUAACGAGGCCACCUGCGAUACCAAUACCAUUACAGCAAUGAAUGGACAAUAAUUACAUGUUUGUGCAAAAACAUCUUCAGAGGUUGAAGCUACCCUCACCUUGCAGUGCUUUGUAAAUAAUGUACAUAUUUCUAAGUUCCAUUUCAGUUGUCUAUUAAAAAACAGAAACAA